CAGACUGAGCUACAGACAGACAUUGCUUCACAGCCUGUGUGGCUGCCAAGAUCGUGUCCGAAGUCCUCCUAGCCAUUAGGUAGUGCUUUCGUCAAAUAUCUGUCUCUGUUACUGCCAAGGCUAUUCUUGCUCGUUGCCGAAGGAGGAUCUCUUUUGUCAUUCAAAUUAAUCAACAUGCUUGAGACCAUUUACAAAUUCAGUGCUUGAGACAGCUAGCUAGCUAGCCGGCCACUACGAUACUGACAACACCACGGAAGAGACAAGCGACCGAGCAGCCCACAGAGUGAAAUCUGAAGGAUUACCAGCUAGCUGUCAAUAUGAACACUGAGUCUGUUGUCAUCGUUUCUGCUGCAAGGACCCCCAUUGGGUCUUUCAAUGGUGCUCUGUCCACCGUGCCCCUCCAAGACCUGUGCUCUGUGGUGAUCAAGGAUGUCCUGAAGAGAGCCAACCUGAAGCCUGAGGAGGUGUCUGAGGUCAUCAUGGGGCAUGUUCUGACAGCAGGUCAAGGGCAGAACCCAGCCCGACAGGCCAGUGUUGCGGCAGGCAUCCCCUACCCGGUGCCUGCCUGGAGCUGCCAGAUGGUGUGCGGCUCUGGGCUGAAGGCUGUGUGUCUGGGCGUUCAAUCCAUCCAGACUGGAGAGUCAACCGUGGUGGUGGCUGGAGGCAUGGAGAGCAUGAGCCGGGCUCCCCACACAGUGCAGAUGCGGGCUGGAGUAAAGAUGGGCGACGCCACCAUGCAGGAUUCUAUCAUCGCUGAUGGACUGACUGAUGCUUUCCACUGCUACCACAUGGGCAUCACAGCUGAGAACGUGGCUAAGCAGUGGGGUGUGAGUCGCGAGGCUCAGGACCAGUUUUCCGCCCAAUCCCAGAACAGGACUGAGGCUGCCCAGAAAGCAGGACAUUUUGAUCAGGAGAUUGUUCCGGUCAUGGUGCCGUCCAGAAAAGGCCCAGUGGAGGUGAAAACAGAUGAGUUUCCUCGCCAUGGCAGCAACAUGGAAGCAAUGACUAAACUCAGGCCCUGCUUCCUAAAGGAUGGCAGCGGCACGGUCACCCCUGGCAACGCCUCAGGUAUAAAUGAUGGAGCCGCAGCAACCGUUCUCAUGAGCCAAUCAGAAGCUCAGAAGCGAGGCCUCAAGCCAAUGGCCAGAAUCACCUCCUGGGCUCAAGCCGGCCUCGACCCGGCAAUUAUGGGAACUGGGCCUAUCCCAGCCAUCAGGAAAGCUGUUGCGAAGGCCAGUUGGCAGAUGGAUCAAGUGGACCUGUUUGAGAUAAACGAAGCGUUCGCUGCCCAGUCUAUCGCUGUAGUGAAAGAGCUUGGACUCAACCCAGAUAAGGUGAACGUGAGUGGGGGUGCUAUCUCCCUGGGACACCCCAUAGGCAUGUCUGGCUGUCGGGUUCUGGUCACCCUACUGCACGCGCUCCAGAGGACUGGGGGUCAGAGGGGCGUGGUUUCUCUCUGCAUCGGGGGAGGGAUGGGCAUUGCCAUGUGUGUAGAAAGGGUGUGACUGAAUGCAAAUACUGAUGCAGUCUCUAGAUCACAACAUCGGCAAUGUGUUAUUGGUCCUAAAGGGAACGUUUAGAAUGCUUUAUUACUCAACUUGUUUCAACGGAGUGGUGUGAAUGGAGGUUAUAUUAGAUUGAUCAUUCAUUUCUCUACCAGUCACUACGCUGAAAAAUGUGAAUGCAAUCUAGGUGAGGAAAGUGGCGAAGGUCUCCGUUCAAUCGAGCUGUAUUGUGCAUCAUCCAAUAUUGGUCCUUCGCUUUCCAUAGCAUAUGUAUUAAAUUGAUUGUAUAAAGCUUUGAGGCGAAAGUCUUUCUGCCUGUGUGUAACUAGUCAAUGGGCAUCACAUGCUAGUCUUUCAUCAGCUAAACAAUGGUUUACAUACCUUGUGUGCCAAAGAAAGCCAUUGAAGCCCACUGACUGGACUUGUUCACACCUGACCUAAUAAGACUUUUAGAAUAGAGAAUUCAGCCUUCCAACAUUCCUAUUUGCCCUUUUCUUUCGCUCAUGGAAUGCUAGCCAUGUACCUUACUGCUCUAUGAACUGUAGGAGAACCUGUACUGAAGACUGCCGCCUUCCUUAAAUAUGCAUAAGUGCCCUGAGGCCGAGUAAGCUUGCUGUACCUUAGUGUGUCCUGUAGAUAGCCUGUUAUAGGGAUGAAUGCCUUUGUCCACUCUUCAAUUGUAUGACUUAUCAAUACAGAAUAUAAUGAACUGAA